AUGUCAGACAUAGAAGAGGAAUACGAGGAGCAGGCAGAGGAGGAGGCAGAAGAGGAGCAGGAGGCCGAGGAGCAGGAGGAGACUGUGGAGGUGGAGGAGAAUGGAGGAGAUCAAGACAUCCAGGAGGAAGAGGAAGAGCGUCCCAAACCAAAACCUAUGGUGCCUCAACAUGCCCCUCCAAAGAUUCCUGAGGGAGAUAGGGUGGAUUUUGAUGAUAUCCACAGAAAGCGCAUGGAGAAGGACACACUGGAGCUUCAUACUCUGAUCGAUGUCCACUUUGACCAGAGGAAGAAGGAUGAGGAAGAGCUUAUUGCUCUCAUGGAACGAAUCGAUCGCCGUCGGUCAGAUAGAGCUGAGAUCCAGAGGGUCCGAGCAGAGAAGGAGAAGGACAGACAGAACAGGAUUACGGAGGAGCGCCACAGAAGAGAGGAAGAGGAAGCCAAGAAGAAGGCUGAUGAUGAUGCCAAGAAGAAGAAAGUGCUGUCAGGCAUUGGAGCAAACUUUGGAGGCUUCCUGGCCAAGGCUGAGUUGAGGAGGGGCAAGCGCAUGACAGGCCGAGAGAUCAAGAAGAAAACUCUGUCUGAGAGGCGGCAGCCGCUAGCCAUCGAUAAUCUGAGGGAGGACUCGCUCAAGCAUGAAGCCCAGGAGAUGUGGAACUGCAUCUACCAGCUGGAGUCUGAGAAGUUUGACUUCAUGGAGCACAUGAAGCACCAGAAAUAUGAGAUCAUCGUGCUGCUGAACAGAAUCCAACACGCUCAGAAAUUUAAAAAGGUCCAUGGCAAAGGGAAGGUGGGUGGUCGCUGGAAGUAA